AUGACGGAACUUUGGAAGAAGGCCGUCAGAUCGAACGCUCGUGCCGUGAAAACGGCACUCUUCAAUAAAUUUCUAGAAGCUGGCCAGCGUUGGAGCAGGAUCCGCAUCAACCACCGCCGCAGCAGAACAGAUCGUGGCCGUGACAGGAAGCAGAUGGGCCGCUGGCGCACAAGGGCUCAACUUCUUGUGAUGUACAACGGGAAUGUGGAGCUGGUGGACAGAAUCGUGCAGGCUAAGAAAGCCUCGGGUCAGUGCAGGGCACACCCUGACCUCCCUGAUGAUGCUGACGUGCUGCUCGACAUCUCCCACACGGAUGACACGAUCACGAAUGACACGAUAGAAAUUGAGAUGAACGCCGAGCUGGAGCCUCAGCGCUUCUCCUGGCAGGCUGAACGUGAUCUUCUGGGCAAUGGUACUCUUGAUGCUAUCUUGGACCCUGUGGGCUUCGGGGGCAGCAGUAUGUCACAUGCUGGCAACGUGGAUCCGGGAGCUACCGGGUGCCUGGGGAUGGUUGCGGGUGGGUCUGGAGAUUUGGUGGUUAAGGGAAAGGGAAAGGGCAAGGGAAAGGGCAAGGGAAAGGGCCAGAAUCCUGAUGGACAGAUGCCCACUUUUCCGAAGCCAAAGAGGAACAGCGAUCCUGGUGCAAUUUCUGCCAUAGGAUGGAGUAGUGAUCUGAGCCGCGGAAACGACCCGCUUCUUCAGUACCAUCUUGUUUCUGUUUAUUCUGAAUACUGCGCAUGCGAAGAGACGUACAACGAUCUCAUGGAAGCCCUCUUGCCUCGCUUUGCAUCGCUAUGCAGCCGAGAUGAAAGCAUCAACCCAUGGUGUGCACACAAUAUCCGUUUUGUCUUGACAGGAGUGCAAGGUGACUUGAAGUGGGUUUGCAACCAAUAUGGACUAUAUCAUUACAACAGCAAUGCUUGUUGCAGUCGGUGCGACGCAGUGAAAAGCCAUGCUGACCCAACAAAAACCAUUGCUUGUUUCACGGAUGCCGCUUCCUUUACCGCAAUAUCACACGAAGAUUUCAUCAACACAGCUUGCCUCGAUGAAUGGCCCAAGCCUAUGAUUGCGGGUGUCCGACUGGAGCGAUUCCUCCACGAUGUUUGCCACAGUCAGCUUUUGGGGACUGGGAAGGUUCACAACGGCAGCCUUCUCAUAUAUCUGUGUGAAAGUGGCGAGUUCAGUGCCACUGGUGCUUUUCCACUGCAGGGCGACUACGCCGUGAAUCUUCAGGUUCAGCUGAAAACUGCCUAUGUUGAUUUCAAAGCAUGGUCCAAGGCGGAAAAGCUAAUUGUGAACCAACCCCGUUUCACGGUCUCCCGUUGCAACCGCAAAAAUCGAGUUUGCCACCCCUGCCUAGCUUCGAAAGCUAUUUCGGGCAAGGUUGUUUCUUUCUGGUUAGCGGCGAGAUGUUGCGAACGAGCAAAUCGGACUGCCUGCUCUUCUUUGGACCAGUUGGUUGCAACUUGUGCUUGGGCUUAUGCGGCCAUGCUCACUGGCAUGGAUGAGGCUGACUUGGUUUUGUCAGAGCAUGAAGCACAGAGCAUCUUUGAUUCUGGUAUGCUUUACCUACAGAGCCACGCUCGCCUACGUGCCUUGAGUGCUUCCAUCCCGAAGGGAAAAGUUCCAUUGCGAAGCAGCUUUACGCUGAUGCCGAAACACCACUACCUAUGGCAUUCCCUGCAUGAUCUGCGAGACACGAUGGUCAACACGAUGCUUUCCUUUACAACGGUAUGUUUAGCUAUAGACCCCCUAAACCCUAAACUCCUAAACCCUAUAUAG